GCCGUGAAGGGGUACGCGCCCAAGCUGACCCUUCUGGAGCCGCAUAUCUUCGAGAUGAGGAACAUCAAGAAGGUGCUCAUGCUGGGGUCGGGGGGGCUCAGCAUCGGUCAAGCGGGGGAGUUCGACUACAGCGGAUCUCAGGCCAUCAAGGCCUUGAAGGAGGAGGGCAUCGAGGUGGUGCUCGUCAACCCUAACAUCGCCACGGUGCAGACGUCGAAAAACCUGGGCGGGGCAUCUCCCGAUAGGACCUACUUCCUGCCGGUCACCCCCGAGGAAUAGCACCGAACGAAAAAAUAGCUACCAUUACUACUACCACAGCUGUUCUUCCCGCCCUCGCAACGUAGCAGCAGCUCUCUCUCACGUGUGCCUGGCGCACCCCCUUGGAUGUUACAAGAAGAAAAAAACAAAGAAAAGCACGACAGGAAGCGCACCGAAAGAAAAGGAAACAACAAUUGCUACAUACUCCGUAGGAGCAACAAACGCUCUCAUUUCUGCCUGGCGCACCCGCUUAGCGGAAUGCGCUGCAAUCAUUGCCAUCUUCGCUUGCGUUAGGAAGAACGCCGCGUCUCCGUUGCCACUCUCAUCUGCUGCCGCUUCUAGGACUCUGAAGUGAGGCGACAGCUCAGCAUAAGCAGGUGGAGCACGGCGCUCGGGCCCCGUGUUGUCAUCGCCACUGCCCUCCUCUUCGUCCUCCUCCUCGCCGCCUGUUGUCACGUGCGUUCCGGCCAGCAUCGCACGCUGUGGAUGUUGUUGCGCUUCACGAAGUUCUUUGCCCAUUUCUCGUCGGCCUUGAAGUCCUCGACCCUCG